UUUUACUUGAGAUAUAAAGCAACUUUUUCUCAAUACAAUUAUUAGUUUUUGCCAUUAGUAUAUUCACGUAACACUCUUCUCAAUGUUACAAUUUUCAGCCGAAUUGAUGCAAGUUCAUUAUUCGUCAUCAAAUAUGUUUUCAGCUUAUAGUCAUAUGCAUCCAAAACCUCAUUGUCAUUAUUGAGAUUCAUUUUUAAUGAAAUAUUUUUGAUUCAAAACGAAGAACAGCCCUUUGUAUUUUAGACGAUAUUUUAAUAAUAGUGUUUUAAGAUUCUUUGAAAAUUUCACAAAAUGUAUCAUAAUUUUUAUAAAAUUACAAAAUUUUAAAUUUUGAAAGUCAAUAAAGAUUAAAGGUAUUUUAAUUUCCAAUUUAUAAAAGGAAAAAAGAGGUAAAUGGGUAAAUAUCCAUAUAUGACAUAGUUAAUGUAAUUAUAAGGAAUUUUUAACGACUAAGAAUUCUGAAAUCGGUGAUAACUGUACGAUAUUUUCAGCAAAAUAAUAAUUAGCUAGGGCGCCAGGACCUUCCAUGUCCCUAGUUAUAUCUACCAGAUAAGCCAAUAAUUAUAAUUGAAUAAGUAAUAUAAUAAAGCGUUAGCAGUUUGGAACAAGAAAUUUCAGAAAAAUGGAUAACAAAAUGAUAAGAGAUGAAGAUUGUCCACUCCCAUAUAUUGAUUUCAACAAAUUUUGUGAAUACCAGUCUGAUAUGCUUCUGAAGGAAACUGACAUGUUUUUUAACAACCACAACCUGCGUUUGAAGAAGUAUUUUCUCCCCGUUAAACUGCCAGACUGGGCUAAAUCAUUCUCGGAUGUUUUGGAUACAGGCGAAGAAUACGAACCACUAACAACCAUUUAUAGGCAUAAACACUUCCUUAAGUGUCGAGUUCUCCACAAUUACUCAUAUAUAGAGACUAGAUGGAAUAGAAGCAAUGAUCCAAGAAACAAGAACAUACCAUUUGAUCUAAGGCCAUUGACAACUGAAAUAUUGAAUCAACUCGAUAUUAUUGAUGAGGAUAUCUUAGAUCCCGAAUUUUCAGGCCUUCUGAUAACGUUAAAUACGCACCCAUACCACAACGAAGAUAAACCGUCAUCUGGGGAAGUACAGGGAAAUGAAAACCAUCUAAAUAAUAAUGUCAACGGUGUUGAAAAGGUAAAUGGGGUGAAAGAAAAUGGAACAGUAUGUGAAAAGAAGCCAAAGUAUAGCAAGAUAAUAUGCGGAGCACUGAUAGAAUGCUUGAUAACAAACGAAAGAUGCAUCAAGUCGAUCUGGUUUCACCCAAACCUAAGUAAGCACUCGUCAAGGUUGGUUCUACAAAAUUUCCUGCCCAGAUUAAUGUAUGAAAUAUUCCAACUUCCAUCAGUGAUCGACGAAAGUGGCAAGGUUAGUAAGUUUAACAAGUUUACAUACAUCAUGCACAACGAUUUGGACCUCUUCCCGAGGCAGUGCUGGCUGCUGUUCGCAAGCAUCAAAAAGAUGUCACUCCCGAGACAUUACGAACCAAGCACAUUCGAAGAUCACCCAGUCUCCCUGGUUUAUGGAGAAUGCCACACCGACGAAGUGGGUUAUUUAAAAUUAAGGGAAGAGAAUGGGAAUGCAAACGAAAACGUUACUGAUGCAAACACUCCACUUUCGGAAGACGACGAUAUGACCUUCAACAAGAGUAAACUGAUUCAUUUAGAUGAUUAUAACAUUGAUCUACUUAACGUACAACUGAACCAUUCCUCAAUGAGCCGUUCUAGUUCAAUGGAUGAGACGUCUAAUUCCAAGGAGUUGGUAAAUGGUUCGGUUUCUAGCGUAAAUAACAGUGAUAAAGAUAUGACCGAUGAAACCAUUGUUUCAAAUGGUAUUAAUAAUGGUGCUCACGAAACCAACGGAGCCUUGAUUAACGGUGUUGGAAACGCUAAUGAUAUUGAUGGAAAUAUUAACGGGGUUUCAAAUGUUGACGAACUUAAGGAUAGAAGGUAUGUUAAUUGCUCAGCAACAGCUGAUAAUAAAAAUAAAAGGAAUGAACGGAGUCUUUCGGGCAUGAGUUAUGAGGUUCCGGAUAACACUAAAAGUAGGCUGAUAAAGCUUUUGAACAGCGAUCCCAGGAUCAAUAGUCUCUACAAAGUUUUUAUCAGCGUUGGUAGCGUUAACAGCACACGUAACGUGUCCUGCACAUGUAGACGUGAAAAACUUAAGAAAAACGUAGAUGAUCAGGCCUGGUUAGACCGUCUAGUAGGAUGCUCUGAAAAUUAUAUGUACCUGAUGUUGCCCAAAAGGGUCGAGAGACCAAGAUUGGGGUUGUUAAACCGUGACGGUUGGAGAGAUUUACUAAUAACAUAUGUUGACAAUGUAUUACUACAUGAUCUUAAUAAAUUAUUACCGGAUUAUUUGCAAACCGAGUACAACUUGAACACUAACAUAAAUUACAACAACAACACCGAAGAGUGGUGCCAACUUAAAAGAGAGGAUUUAAUCGACGUAACAAGCGAUACUGAAGUUUAUAUGAGGCUGCCAGACAAUUACAACAAUUAAUUUUAAUAAAUUUA